AAGAAAUUGCGGGUGGAUCAGACGAGAGCAUGAGACCCGAUCCAUAAAUAAAACAAAUCUGCCGGCAUCCAUUCCAAACUGGUCAGUAUUUCCCGACGGAGUAUUCUUUUUCCAUAAUGAAAAGCCCUGCGGCGGUUCCAAACCCGCAUCUCCGCCGCUGUUCAUCACUGGAACUCCUUGUAUUCUGCCUCAUUAUCAUCUUUUUAAUCCAAUCGGUUGGCUCCACCAGCAGUAAAAAAGAAACAGUUGAAUGGCAAAUGCUCACGAAACACAAUUUCUCUUCUCAAGUUCGCUUAAAUCCUCAUAUCCUUGUCAUCGUCACCGUUCCGUGGUCUGGCGAGUGUCGAUCUCUUAUGAAGGAAUUAACCCACAUGGUCACAAAAAAUAAAGAGGAAUUUAGAACUCUGAAGUUGAUGUUCCUUCAUAAAAAUCAUGAUAAGAUGCUGGCAGAUGCUCUCGGUGCUACGAUGGAAAUAAAUAUAAUAUGUUACCGUCAUUCUUUGCCGUACAAGUAUCAAGGAAUACUUCGGGUUCAAAGCAUAUUGUCAUCUGUUCGUUAUCUUAUGUCACUUUUGCCUGAAGAACUCCCUCUUAAGUCUUUACAAACUGUGGAGGACCUAACAACCUUCCUUAAGUCAACGGAUAAGGCUUUACUUGUUUUGGAGUUCUGUGGAUGGACACCCAAACUGAUGGCCAAGGUCAUGAAUAAUGUGUCUGAAAUCGCUUUUGGUGUUUCUCCGGGGACAGGUUUAUAUGGAGAACAUGAUGAAAUACAUUCAGUUGAUGAGAAGAAAAAUCAGGGUAUGGAAAACAAAAAGAUUACAUGUGAUGUAAAUGAUCAGUUUAGUGGACUUCCUGUGCUUGGUGAAUUCACUCCUCUCAAUAGGAGUGCUUUCUUGGAGGCUGAAAAAGUGAGCUCCAUAGAUGAAGCUUCUUGCAGUUUUGAGGAGUUUCAGCUAUUUGAGUCUUCCUUAUACAAUAUUACUAGUUUUGUCAGAGAGUUCUUUCUGCCUCCUGAAAGGCUAAAGUUUGGUUUAGUGUCUGAGAGAUCGCUAAUUUCAUCUCUAGGUGUUGGAGACACUGGUUCGUGGCUGAUGAUGCUUUACUCUAGUGGAUGUCCUAGCUGUGCUAAGGUUUUCAGAGGAGGAAGUGAUCUCAAAAGAAUCAUAGAGAUGAAUGCAUCACCUGCUAUGGAGCUUAAAGGUGAUGAAAAUGGUUUUGAUAUUGGUUUACCAGCUGAUAGGCCAUCAGUACUCCUUUUCAUAGACAGAUCAUCUGAUUCCUUGAAGAUUAGAAGAAAGAGUAUGGAUUCUCUUACGGUCUUAAGAGAACUAGCACUGCCUAAUCAUGUUCCAUCUAAAAUGACUACCCAAAACAUUGUCGGCUCACAUAGGACUAUUUCGCGGCCUCCUAAGUUAGAGCUGUCAAUAUCAUCUCAAAAGGCAACUGCAUUAUCAGAUAAAAUAACUAUUAUGGCCAUGAAAGAGGGUGAUCGUAUUACUAUUGAUGAUGUUGCAUCAAACUUGCAAGGUAGUUCCCUGCAAGAGGUCUUGACAUAUGUUCUUCAGCAGAAGAAACAAAGAAAAUUGAGUUCACUUGCUAAAGAUCUAGGCUUUCAGCUACUCUCUGAUGAUCUUGAUAUUACCAUGUCAGAAACAGAGCCCCAAUCUAUCAAAGGUUCUAUUGGCAGCGGCAAUGAUUUUGAUAAGGAUCAGAUAUCACAUGGGAAUGAUAUCGUCAAUGGGGAGCAUGAUACUUUAUCAAAACAUACUAAAGUAGAAUCUUCUGUGGAGGAUGAUGAUCUGAUAUCUGUCGAUACAAGUGCUCAAUUUUCUGUGAAGACUGAAGACCAUUACCGAGAGGAAUUCGUUGCCAGUUUUGAAUAUGAUAAUGUUGAAAAGGGAUCCAUUUUCAACUGUUCAUUUUUCUUUGUUGAUGGACAAUAUCGUUUACUAGAAGCCCUAACGGGAACUUUGAAGAUUCCAUCAUUAGUAAUUGUUGAUCCUCUUUCACAUCAACAUUAUGUCUAUCCCGAAGAGGCCAAUUUUGGUUAUUCUUCUCUAUCUGGUUAUCUUCAGUUAUUUUUUAACGGAAGUCUUCUACCAUAUCGACGCUCCAAAUCUGUUGUUUUCGACUCUAAAGAGACUCCACGUCCACCAUUUGUUAAUCAAGAUUUUCACGAGGUUGAUUCUAUACCUCGUGUUAGUGCUCUUACCUUUAUGGAGUUGGUUGUUGGUAACCGCUCUGGGUCCUAUGCUGAAAAUGCUUGGAAGAAGGACGUAUUGGUUCUUUUUACUAGUAGUUGGUGCGGGUUCUGUCUGAGAACGGAACUUGUUGUUCGAGAGAUAUACCGGGCAUUCAAAGGUUAUGGCAAUAUGGUGAAAAGUCAAUUCAGGAAUGAGCAAUCCUCAUCAAGAAAUGAUGGCAUAAACAAUACUAACUUGAAGCUGCCAAUGAUCUAUACGAUAGAUUGUGUAGAAAGUGACUGUAGUUCACUAUUAAAGUCAUCCACUAAGAGGGAUUUUUACCCAUCUCUGCUGUUAUAUCCGGCAGAAAGGAAGGAAGCAAUCUCUUAUGACAGGGAUAUAUCAGCAUUCAAUAUUAUAAAGUUUAUUGCAGAUCAAGGUGGCAAUUCUCAUUGGAUUUACCAGGAGCAAGGUGUUUUGUGGUCUGAACCUGAACAUGGAGUGUGGAAUGAGAAACAAUUUGAGGUUACAUCAGAACCUUUGACAGAUGAGGACGUUUUACUCUCAAAGGAAAAUAAUGAGAUUCUACUUAAGGACCGGACCCAGACCCAGAAGUUAGAGAUCAAAAGCAACCAGGUUAAACCUAAUACACCUCGCGAUUUCAGUGGAUCUGGCCACAAAAUACUACCUGGCUCCAUACUUGCUGCAACACAAAAACUUCAAAAUGUUUAUCCAUUUUCUAGAUCCAAAAUUCUCAUGGUGAAAGUUAAUGAAAGUAUUGGAUUCGAAGGUGUGAUCAUCAACAAGCUUAUCAGUUGGGAUUCCAUCACAGAACUCGAGGAGGGAUUGGAAUCGUUGAAAGAGGCACCAAUAUCUUAUGGUGGUCCUGUCAUAACACGUGGAAUGCCUCUUGUUUCUCUGACUCGUCAAUCAUUCAAAAAUGAGCAUCCUGAAGUUCUACCAGACAUCUACUUCCUUGAUCAAUUGGCUACAAACAAUUUGAUGCAACAUUUAAAGUCACACAAUCGGUCUAUGACUGAUUACUGGUUUUUUGUGGGGUACUCGGCAUGGGGUUGGAACCAACUAUUUGAUGAGAUUGCGGAUGGAUCUUGGAAUAUAAGUGAUGGGGCAGUGGAGCAGUUCAAAUGGCCAAUGACAUGAUGGCACUUGCUUUGCUUCUCAAAUGAGUUUAAGCCUACUCAAGCUUUUGAUGGUUAAAUUUAUAACUUGUUACAUUAGAACUGUACAUAGGAUGAAGGUUUUGCAUCGAUUUUUUUUCCUCUUCUGAGACGGUCAUAAAUGCCGUUUUGCUUUCGUUAUCAUUGUAUCGUUACAAAUAGAUAGACAAGUUGAAAAGGUUUUCUAAUGGUUGUAAAGUUAGAUUCCAA